GUUUGGCCGCGAUUGUAGGGUGGCUUUCGUUUAUCCAAUGAAAUAAACAAAAAUAUACAAAAACAAUGCAGAUAAAGCCCAUAAUUACUUAUUCUGGCUCGUGCCCGCUGUUCCGCUCGCUGGAGUCGCAGAUCCUGAACGCCAUUCCCCUGGACACUUGCGAGUGGCGACGCACUUUCCAACGCCCCACGAAACACGUUCGCUUGGAGGCCCAGACGCAGCAGUUCAAUGUGGCGCCGCUGGACAAGUACAAGCAGGGUGACUGGAGCAUCCUGGAGCACCCAAUACUGCACAUCUUCGUCACCGAAUGCAAUGACGUGGACACCUACAAGGGCACCAUCAGGGAGGAGAUCGAUGCCUGGCUAAAGAUCCUGACCAGCUAUGGCAUCUCGGACUGGAUGAUUCUCUUGGUGGAGACACUGGACAUGCGAAAGACCAAGAACUUCAUGCCACGCACCACUGUCCUGGACAAGAUACGCCUGGACUUUGGCAGCAAGAACGACGAUCGCUGCAUCUCUGUAUUGAAUCCAGCCAAGUUUGAGCAGAAGUCGACGGAAUCCUUCCGCUGCCUGGUGCAGCGCAUCCGCUUCCUAAUGCUCACCAGCUACAAUCGCAAUAUUGUAAAGUACGAGGAACUCAUACGCAGCAAACGGGAGAAGCGGAAUGCGGAUGGCUGGGACUUCCGGCAGUACUUCUUCAUGCAGGAGGAUCUGGCACUGAUCUUCGAAAAGCUGGAAUUGCCCACAGAGGCGCUGAUACAGUACGAUGAACUGGACGCCAUGUUCUCACAGUUCAUCACGCACACCGGGCUCAACGAGAAGCAGCAGUGGCUGAACCACUUUCGUCGGCCUCUGGACGCCUUUCAUGGCAUUUGCCUAACCAGACCGGAUAGAUUCGAGAUGCGAAACAAGAUACGCGACGAGGGCGUUUCCCUGCUGGAAUUCCGCAACUAUCUGUUCGAACGGCAAGCCUAUCUACUGCUCACUUGCAACGACAUCCCGGAGAUCGCCAAGAGACUCCUCAACUUUCUCUUCUCCACCUUGCGCGAGGUGGAAUUCAUUAAGCUGGAGUGCCAGGAGGGCGCUCUCUGGUGCUGGGAGUUCGUCUGCGCUCUGGAGGUUCUGCAGCUCUGCGAGCAAGCCAUGGAGCCCAACGAGGUUACGUGCUUCCAGCACUGCGCUCCCAUCUGGAACCUGGCCAAGGACAAACUCUAUGAGUUGGGCAAGUUGUGCGGACUGCUGCCCGGCUGUACGCCCACUUCGGAGCAGCUGCACAUAGUGGUGCAGUUGUCGUCGGGAAUAGGAGACGCCCCGCCGGAGCAACAUCAAUUCCUGCAGGCUACUCCUCAGCUCCGUGAACGUUCGCCGAAUCGAAAGCCCAAGAAAUCGGCUGCCGAGCAGUUAAAGGAGGCCCUGGGCUCAAAUCAGGCCUUCCAGAAACUCUACUUGGAGCUGGCGGAACUCGCCAUCAGUACGUACAAGCAUGUGGCCCGAUUGCGAUCGGCUCGUUUGGUGGGCCUGGAUCUGGGCAACUUCUAUUGUGCUUUAAACGAACCACAUAAGGCUGUUGGGUUCUUCACGGAUCUUCUGAGGGAACUGAAGGCGGAGAACUGGCACAUGCUGAGCUCCCAAACGCUGCUUGAGUUGGCCAACUGCUACCGCAAGAUGGGCGAUUCGUUGGCCUACACCAAGACCUGCAGCUCCAUUUCCUGUUGCGCCGAACUGGAAACUUUGGUGCGAACCUUCUACUUCGACGAGUUUCUCAAGUCGCUGAAAACCCUAAAGACGACUCUAUCGGCACAGCCGUCCAUGGAGAAUGCCAAUUUUUGUGUGCUGGAAGAUCACUUUCGGGUGCUCGACAUCGAGGUUGUUAACCAGAAACCUAUUAUACAGGAUGACUACAUCCUGGUGCAGCUGAAAGUGGAGAGUCUCUAUCCGCGUGGGAUUGUGGCUGAAAAUAUAAAGCUUUGCUAUGAGUUGCAAGCGGCUUCUUUGGAAAUGGCCAUGGAGAAUGUCAGUCUGUCUGCUGCUCCAUCUCCUGUUAAGGUCAAGGAGUCCACUUCGCGCUUAAAAGUUUCGCUUCAGCUAGUCUACAAACAGGACAAUCGCCUCCAUUCUGCCGCCGUGUCUUGCGACAUGCCCAAGAGCAAGCAACCCGUUCGACGUACCAGCAGUACUAAGAGAAAGCUAUCGCCCAGUGUCCAGGCGGAUUUCACCAACUUUGUGCAGGCGGAGAACAUUGCCCUGCAACCGGGCGUAAACCUAAUCGAACUCAAGGCAAAGGCUACGAGAGUGGGCAGCUGGCAAUUCAAACAGCUCUGCGUUAGCAUGUCCAGUCUAGAGUUCUUGUCGGAACAGCUGCCUUUCACACCGCCCAGUUUUGAGAUCAGCACCAAGCCGGCGAGUGCUUCGCUGGAGUUCAAAACCCUAAUUGCUGGAAUAGUGCAGCCCAUUAGCUUGAAUGUUUCCGGUGGCAGUUUCAUCUUUCCGCCGGAUGCCAAGAUCACCCUGCGUUGUUCCAAGAAUCUACGGAUACGACAGGCGCGGAAUAACACGGAUGAAGCAGCCUACAAUGACGAUGCAUCCUUUGAGAGUCUGCUUCAAGUGCCGCUGGUGCAAUUCAAAUCGUUCGAGGAACGCAAAAUUCCACUGGAGGUGCUCACCGAUAUGCCGGGCCGAAAGGUGUCCAAGCACCACGAGCAUCACAUUGCCCUCAGUUGUCCGUGGUCGCGAACUGAGCUGCCCAUCCCCGUUGAUUUUCAACCAGCCAUGGAGGCCACCUGUCGGCUUCACACAUGCGGCACUCAGAAGUUCCUGCAGGUGAUCAUGAAGGGCCUGGAUGCGCAUCUUCUUUUGCAGAAUGCUCAGGUCAAGUGCGAUGUUCCCGGAGUGCAACUGUUGGACCUUAAUCCAGAGCCUAGUCAGCCCAUUGAAAUCUACAAAUCGCUGACUGUCACUUUUCUGUAUGAGAUCCAAGUUGAGCCCCUCAAAACCGAGCACGAGUUGCCCGUCGUUAAGGUGCACUUUGUAAUCAAAUACGCGCCGCUUUCGCAAACCGGUGUGUGGCGAACCUAUGGAUGCGCCUUCGAUCUGGUGGACUACACAACGCUCUUUAAGCUGCAGGCGCAGCUGGAACCCAAUGAGCUGUGCCGCCUGCGCACCGUGUGCAACAUGAACCUGAAGAUCACCAAGGUCCACGAGAAUCCCUACACGGAUCUCAUGUACGAGGUGCUCAACGAUCAGAAUCUGUGGGCCGUCUGCGGUCGCUCAGCGGGUGUCGUGUCCAUGAAAGACGUUGACAGUCAUUCCAUAUCCCUGGAUGUGAUGCCGUUGAGUACGGGAUUCCUGCCCAUGCCCAGCAUCCGACUAUCAAAGUACACGGCUGGGGGGAAAAGCAAGACCGAUGCCCACUCCAAGGUGCAUCCCUUUCCGCCCGGACAGGUCUACAACUCCACGAAGAGCAUGCAGAUCCAUGUCAUAGCCAGUGUGGCCGGGGAUCAGUGAGAAGCCAAAUAGAAUAUAAAACAAUUGCAAUGUACUCGUAGCAUAUAUGACCUGUGGUCAAGUAUUAUUAAUUAUUUAUCUUUCUACUGUGAAGUAGUAAAAAUUUAAAAA